UUUGUGUCCUUAGUAACAGCAUAACAAAAACAAAAACUCCCUAAGAUGGGCAGCAGAGUGCAAAGGUUGUUCUGCCAUUUUAAUUUACUCAUGGUAUGGGAAAGGACACACCCUUUUCCACUCCCCUGUCGACCCUCAAGUGGAGUACACGGCAGUCUCUGACACGUUGUGGAGAUGAGCUACCCAGGUUAUCCUCCUCAGUCGGGCGGUUAUCCACCCCAAGGCGGUGGCUAUCCACCCCAAGGCAGUGGCUAUCCACCCCAGGGCGGUGGCUAUCCACCACAGGCGGGAGGCUAUCCACCCCAAGCCGGGGGCUACCCACCACAGGCAGGAGGCUACCCCCCACAGGCGGGCGGCGGCUACCCACCUCAGGCGGGUGGUUACCCUCCUGCAGGAGGUGGUUACCCACCAGCGGCAGGUGGCUACCCUCAACAGGGUGGCGGCUACCCUGCGCCACCUGGAGGUUAUCCACCUCAGGCUGGAGGAUACCAACAACCACAACCAGGAGGCUUUCCAUCCAUGCCUCAAGGAGGUGGAGGCUGGGGAGCGGCACCAGGAGGUUAUGGCGCGCCAGGUGGAGCUCCACAGGGAUACCCAGGGGGUGCGGCACCAGGCCAGCAACCCAUGCCCAACUACCCUAGCGGAGGUGGAUAUGGAAGCGGAGUUCCAACCAAUCCUCAAGCACCCGCCAUCCCUACAGGCUACAGGGGCUCUAUUAAGGAUUUCCCCGGAGCAGAUCCACUCAGGGAUGUGGAAGUUCUUCGGAAGGCCAUGAAGGGUUUUGGCACGGAUGAAAACGCCAUCAUUGAGCUUCUAGGAAGUCGUACCAACAAGCAGAGAGUUCCCAUGGUGGCAGCCUACAAAACAACUUAUGGAAAGGAUUUGGUCCACGAUCUCAAGUCUGAACUGACUGGAAACUUUGAGCAUCUGGUUCUUUCCAUGAUGAAGAGCCCGGCGCAUUUCGACGCGUCAGAACUCAGAGAGGCGAUUAAGGGUGCUGGGACAGACGAAGCCUGUCUGAUUGAAAUUCUCUCGUCUCGCUCCAACUCGGAGAUUCAGGAAAUUGCGAGGAUUUACAAACAAGAGUAUGGUAAAAGUCUGGAGGACGCCAUCAACAGUGACACCUCCGGUCACUUCCGAAGACUGCUGGUAUCCCUCUGCCAGGGCAACCGUGACGAAAGGGAAAACGUGGACAUAUCGCUCGCCAAACAGGAUGCUCAGAAACUGUACGCUGCGGGGGAGAAUAAAGUGGGCACGGAUGAGUCGCAGUUCAACGCCAUCUUGUGUGCCCGCAGCAAGCCUCACCUACGGGCUGUUUUCCAGGAGUACCAGCAGAUGUGCGGUCGAGACAUUGAAAAGAGCAUCUGUAGGGAAAUGUCAGGAAACGUGGAGUCUGGCAUGGUGGCAGUGGUGAAAUGCAUUAAGAACACUCCUGCCUACUUUGCCGAGCGACUGCACAAGGCCAUGCAGGGUGCCGGGACCAAAGACAGGACCCUGGUCCGGAUCAUGGUGUCCCGCUCCGAGAUUGACAUGCUUGACAUCAGACAAGUGUAUGUGAGGACUUAUGGGAAGUCUCUUUACACUCACAUCUCUGGUGACACCUCUGGUGACUACAAGAAGCUGCUGUUGAAGCUUUGCGGAGGUAAUGACUAAAAAAGACGACCUAUCAUGAGGACAGGACACAUUAUCAAUGCCAUAUACAGCAAGUCCGUUCAUAUCAAUGAUUUAGACACAUCAUUAUUUUUAGCGUCUAUGUUAGUUGUCAGUACUUGCCAAAUAGCCUAGGUUUAUAUACGCUUUAACAUAACCACAUAAAAUAUGCACGUGCCUAAAAAUUUAAUGUAAAAUUACAUAAUUAUGCAGAAGAUGAAUGUCUAACACUGUAUGUCCCUGUAUGUUAAUCUUUAGUAUAUAUAUUAAUCUAUAUACUCUUUAUUAUGUAGUCAACUGAAACUACAAUAUUGAAAGUAAUCAUGGGGCUUCACCCACACAUUAUAUGUUAGUCAAAUGUGUUAAAACAUUCAUAGUUACAAUGGUACCUUGACUUACAAAUUUACUUGUAUUUCAACUUAAUUUUCCCUAUUACCCUACUCCUAUGAUUAGACUCCUCAACAGCUUUGGUCAUUUUUUGCAGAGGAUAAAGAAUAUACGCCCGCGGGUAUUGUUAUGUUGAUUAUCUACAUGUGCCUGAAGCUUGCUCGUAUUUAAAUUUUCUGCUUGCAAAACAACAAAACAAAAAAUCUAGCAAUCUUGUAACUAAAAAAACUCGUAAGUCAAGGUAGCACAGUAUUUUGUGUGUUUUAUUUAAUGUUGCAGUGCCUUUGAUGGCAAUGGACAUCCAAUCCAUUGGAACUGGAAGGGGCUGGCAUCAAAUGAUCCCUACCAGAUUUUCCCAAUUCCAACAGAUUGGGCGUCUAUUGCAGUCAAUGUCAGUGAGUCAGUUAUUGUAAUAGAAAAGUGUUUUGAUAUACAGUAUGAACAAAAUUAUAUUAAAACAUGUUGUGUUUUUCUUUUGGUCGUCAAUAAAUUUCAAAUUGUCAUUCCGAUGCCUGAGUACUAACCUGCAGAAAUACUGUUUUUUUAUGUUUUGUUAAUCUUGGCCUUCUUUUUGAUUACCACUAGAGGGCACAAUCAACACAUUUUGCAAUGAAUGUCUUUUCCACUUGACAAUCUUGUCAUUUUACAUCUUGACAUGUACAACAACACACAAACUAAUACCAUUAUUGUCUUCUCAAGUAAAAAAAACAACACAUCACAUUUACGCUUCCUGUGAUUUUUAUUUCAGAGACCGUACUUUGUGUGUAAAGGUGCAAUUAAUGUGCCUUACAUAAGCGGUACUGUGUGAUGAAAUGGUUCAGGACAGCGAACUGCGUCCUCCGGGCUAUAAAUAGCGUCCAUAUUGUGGACGCAUGGAUGUCCACGGGCUGCAGGCCUCGGAGGGGCUGACAAAUGACUCGGUUCAGCAGCUCACCUUUUCCCCUCCACUAGUGCUCAUCCAUUAUCAAGCAAGGCAGCGGAUGG